GCUGAGUUAAGUAAACUUGGUGGGGUCAGCUUGUAACGAAGGUCAUCAACGGUUCCUGGAAGUUCCAAAGACAUAUCCAUGCAGCUCAGGUCGUAACAAAUUCUCAAUCCCGAACGGUCUAUAAAUACCGACAACAUGUUUCUGCCUCGUUCAAAACAAAACAAGUAAGCAGUAAGUUCCUUUCUAUCUUCUUCCUCCAAACAUCUUUCCCUCGCCAUCACCAUCAUUUUCCUACUCUCUUGAAGUCUAUCUUAACAGAUAAACGACACCAUGAAGCAAACGAUUGUAGUCAAGGUAACUAUGAAUGGAGACAAGUCCCGCUCCAAGGCCUUGAAAAUUGUAGUCGGUCUCUCAGGAGUGGAGUCUGCUUCAUUGAAAGGCGAUGACAAGAGUCAAAUAGAGGUAACAGGAGAUGGGUUUGAUCCAGUUAAGUUAACAAGUAAGCUAAGAAAGAGUGUGGGGCAUACAGAGCUUGUGAGCGUAAGUGCCGUGGGUGGUGAAAAGAAGGAUGAGAAGAAAGAUGAGGAAAAGCCAGCGGCGUAUGUGUGGCCAUAUAAUCAACCUUUAUAUGUUCAUCAAGCGGUGCCAUCAUAUGGAUAUGUUCAGCAGUAUGACCCUUGCACCAUCAUAUAAGAGACAGAGAUUUUACAGGGGACAACAAAAGAGACAUGCAGCUGAGCUCGAGAAAUUUAAUACUAUAUCUCGCAGUUCUCGAACAACAUGUCAACAGAGCUCUAAUCUCUACACUUCAUAUCAUGAAGGAAAAUUAAAAUUUAAACAGAUAAUAGUGUCCAUGUGAGAGAAACUUCUUGUGCUUUCUUCUUUCUUUUCUUUUUUUUUUUUUUCAGUUCUGAAUUUUAUCAUAUAUGGUCGUGGGAUAACAAAAAAGAGUUGGUGGAGGAAUGAGAAGGACUAGAUUUCUGAUAAUGAAAGUGUGAUAAAGGUUUUGUUUGAUGUCA